UCCCAAUGUCGCAACCUGCCAGUAUCAAUACGAAUUUCGAACAUAUCGAUUGACAUGUUAUCGGUUGCCAUAGCAACCAGGGUAACAACAUUUCGCUGUCGACAGAAUUUAUUUUAACAAUAAAUAAUUUGCUCGUUUUUCGAGCGUUUGUUUUGUAAAAAAAUGGUGUUUUAUAUUUGAAAGCAAAGGAUGUCAGUGCUGAGUCUGAUCCCGGAAGAUAAACGUAAAGACCAAAGAAAAGAAUCCCUGGAGAGCGUAUACAGCAGCAACUCCCGUUUGAACCUGUUGAACAAGCGCAAACGUAUGAACCCUUUAACGAUGGACGCAUCCAAUACAUCGCUUGGCAAGUCGGGAGAUAGAUACGUGACACAGAGAGUGCUGUCUGCAAAAACACACAGGGUGAAGCAGCUGCAGAAUCAACUGUCUGAUGCGCAUUAUCACUUGCAGGAACUAAGCAACGAAAACAGAGUACUACGAGCUAUUCAGAAGAAACAAGAAAUCGCCUUGCAAAGAUACGAAAACUCGAAUGCGGAACUGCCGCAAGUCCUGAACUCUCACAACGAAGAGAUGAGGAUACAGCAGUCGAAGUACAAACAGCUGAAGCAGCAGUAUAAGGAAGCGACCAUGAAGUUGAAGGAGAGAGACAUGCAGUUACAACAACUGAGGGACGAGCACCAACACCUCCUGGAGCUUAGUAAAGACAGAAACCUCCUUGAACGUGAGAAACUCCAAGCUCAAGUUACCGAUCUGACUGCCAAAGUACAGCAACAGAAUGAGACGAUCACGAUGCUGCAGCGUCGCAUUGCUCUCGAAGCGAAGAACUUCAGGCAUCAACUGCAGAACGAGAUCAACAAGCACAAGGACACCAGACACGAUUUAGACCUCGCCAUCAAUAAUGCUGACAAACUUACUACUAUAAUUGAGAUGAAAGAGAAGAUGCUAAGUACAGCGGCGAGUAGAUCGGUCAAGUCUCCGGUGAAGACAGCGUCGGGGACCAGCUUAUCACUGUCGAAGCAGUCUGUGAAAACUAGGUCGGAGACAGACACGAGCGCUGCCAGGGGAAGAGACGAUAGAAGGGAAGACAGACAUAUUGUGGACCAAAAUAUAAUGGCUAAGUUGUGCGAGAACUCGCGCAGUAUCAGCAGUGCAUUAUCUCAUGAUGAAGACACGUCUUCUUCUACUGAACCUCGCUCUCGAUACGCAAGGAGUAGAACUAGCUCCACCCUUUCAAGAUCUACUCCUAACCCCGGAACUAGAAAAAACUCCAAAGGAUCUGAUGAUAUGAUGGAGUUAGCUAAAACCGUACAGGAUGGUAUGGCAGACCUCGCCAUAUUUGACGAAGAACUAGAUUUCAAAUCUUCUCCAGAUGAACUGCAGAUGAAAAUGGAAGCAAUGAAGACAGAACUUAUGAAAAAAAUAAAGAAUACCGACGAACCUUCGUCUAGGAAGACAAGUGCUUUGAGAAGGAAAUCGACAGAAGAAUCUAUAGACGAACAAGUGGAGUUAGAAGAAACGGAGCGACCCAAGUCGAGAGGCAGGAGGAACUCUAAUGUGUCUUUCUUUGAACAGGCGGCUAUUGAGGAUUCCAUCACAACUGUAGCCGUACAUCAUGAAGAAAUGGAAGUGAAAAUGAAACGUGAGGGUAGUUCAUUAGAACGAAAACUAUCCAGCAAACCUUUAGAAAAAUACUGCAAAGAUAUCAUUCAAGACAUAGAAAAGAGUAGCAAAGUCAUUGACAAACAUAUGAAAUGUUUUAAUCAAUCCAGAUUAGAGAGUGAUAAACUUGUACAACAACUAGAAGCUGUAGAUAAAAUCAAUGAAAUUGUCAACGCGAACGCAGAAAUUCCCGAUUCAGCAUUAAACGAAUUGAAUAACAACUUCAAAAUGUUGACGGAUCAGGUAUUUACUGAAGUUGUUCCCAUGGGACGGAAACGGUCGAUCUCUGGCAGACGAAACUCCAAGACGAAUCUACUUGGUGACGUCAAUAUGACCAAUCAAGAGAUGUUAGACGACCUAUUGGGGAAGAAAUGAUAUACGGCCUUAGAAACGAAACUAUUACAUUCCAACUGACGUUAGGUGCGGCAAAUCUCGCUCGUUUUUAAUUACAAGAAACGGCUUGACUUGCCGACAGAUUCGCUUCAAGCUAAUUGGGUAGUUCAGUCAACGCCCGGCGUUCAUUAGGCUAAACCAACAUUUUUCACUUAAUUAACUUGAGUUUAAUUUUUAUUCUGAACAGACGCGACGGUUUUCAUGGUAAAUUGGGGGUCUCUUGUGAUUGUAAUUAGAAAACAACUUUGUUCGGAGAUUAGACGACGGAUUUGUAGAAGUAAAUUUCGCAGAAGUUGUACUAACUAUAAGCCCAAUAAUGUUACAUAAACGUCUCUAAUUAAAUUAACUGGUCACAUAACAACUUUAACUACAAAUGAUUGAGUUAAUCGACCUGAGCAAACUUGAGCUACGCAUAAUUUCAAACCGACAUUUUUGACUGAUCGCUUUUGUUUUAGUACUUAUAAAAUUGCGUUGAUAAUUUUGGAAUUGCUCUUUUUGAAAAAUGUCUGUUGAGAUUGCAG